CUACCUACCUACCUACCUACCUACUUACCUAGGUGGGGAAUAAUAGGUACAACACGUAUUCGUACAGUACCUACUGCCGCCAACACUCAAUAGGUAGGUCACCGGUGGGAAGAGGAGCAUCUCCCGAAAGAAAUGUUUGGCCGGAUCGAUGUGCCAUUGGGCUGCUAGGUAGUAGGUGGUAUGAAGAAACAGGCUUUAACCCAGGUUGUUCUUCCCUUCCUUCAUCCCGACAGAUGAAUCAACAGCAGCCUCACCUAGAUCCAAAACAAAACAUCAGUCAUUAAGCCGCAUCAUUGUUGUCGUAUCCCCCGCCAGCCGGAAAGCUUCAGCGUUUCUCCCAAGUUUCCGCCGGCUCGGCGAACAGACGCAUGAAGGGCCGUUAUGAGGACUGUGCUGCUUCUCGUGUUUUGUAGCUCCGUCGUUGCUUGCCUGUGUCUUGCUAUUAUUGCCGCUGCUGAUAUUGUCGUUGCUAAUGUAUCCUACAUGACUGCUGGAGGCAUUCAUCUCUUCUCAUCCCAUUUCCUAUCACGGACUGCUGUGACAGUAAAGGCAUACAAAGGACGAUGCAUGGGAAGCUUGUUGCGCUUCUUCUCUCUCUCACAUACCAACAAUCUGGGUAACCCGCUGCUCGCUGUUGGUGCCGCCCAGGGCUGAGGUACCUUACCUGAGGCUGCACCUUCCUUACCACUUUCCUCCCCUUUCCCCCUCCCCCCAAAACACAAUACACGCCCUCCCCCACCCUCCC